AUGAGCAAAGCUACCCCUCCCAAGUUAAAAAAUUUUGUGGACAAGAAGUUAUCGUUGAAAUUAAAUGGUGGCAGACAUAUCCAAGGAAUAUUGCAGGGAUUUGAGUCCUUUAUGAAUCCUGUGACAGAUGAAUGCGUGAAGAUGGCAACUAAUGGGCAACAGAACAAUAUUGAAAUGGUAGUAAUACCAGGAAAUUCCAUCAUCAUGUUAGAAGCUUUCGAACGAGUAUCAAGAAUGGCUCAAGAAAUUGCUCAGGACUUCAAAACAGAUCUACACUUCCAGAGUGCAGCUAUUGGUACUCUGCAGGAGGCACGUGAGGCCUAUCUGGUUGGCCUUUUUGAAAACACCAACUUAUGUGCAAUAUCCAUACCAAACAUGUAA